AUGGAGAAAUCAUUCAACUUUGGUGAAAAUUCUGAUGCGCGGUUGAGUGGUGAUUCUUUCGGAUACUGCCGCAUUUGGACAAGUUCGGAUGCAUCAAAUUCGAAUUUCUCUGACUGUAUAGAUGAUAGCAGCUAUGCCAGUGAACCUUCUCCUUUUCCUUCGCCUUCGCCUUCUCGGUGGAGGGAUGUUAAACCUGGUCUCUCUAGGCUAGGGAUGAAGUUGCGCAAGAAUUCAGUCGAUAACAAACUUGAUGGCAAUGAUCUUUUGGAUUCAGCUGAGGUUGAAAUGAUGAAGGAAAGAUUCGCGAAGCUUCUGCUAGGAGAAGACAUGUCUGGUGGAGGAAAAGGUGUUAGCACAGCAGUUACAAUCUCCAAUGCCAUUACAAAUCUCUAUGCAACGGUAUUCGGACAAAGUUUAAAGUUGGAGCCGCUGAAUCCUGAGAAGAAAGCCAUGUGGAAAAGAGAAAUGAAGGUUCUUUUAUCAGUGUGUGAUUACAUACAAGAAUUCGCCCCAACUGCGCAAUAUUUAGAAGAUGGCACAAUUGUGGAGAUGAUGAAAAGCAGACCAAGGUCGGAUAUCUAUAUAAACCUCCCGGCACUGCAGAAGCUUGACACAAUGCUUAUAGAAAUAUUGGAAUCUUUUGAGGAUACUGAAUUCUGGUAUGCGGAGAAUAUAUCAGCAACUUCACCUCGUUUGCGCGCAGCCUCGUUUCGAAAGAUUGUUCCAAGGAAAGACGAGAAAUGGUGGUUGCCAGUUCCUUGUGUUCUCCCCGGCGGCCUCUCUGAGAAGUCGAGGAAGCAUCUUACAGAGAAAAGGGACUGUGCUAAUCAAAUUCACAAAGCUGCAAUGGCGAUAAAUAGCAAUAUUCUCGCAGAAAUAGAUAUUCCAGAAACAUAUAUAGACGAUCUUCCAAAGCUGAAAUUCUAUUGCCAAGUGAUUGAUGAUUCCUUUAAAUGUGACCCUAUAAGGCAAAUGUCUUGGAACUUAUCAUCAAAUUUGAUAAGCUUUUUAUGGAAGCCAAUAAUAGCAGCAGAGUCUUGUAGAAAUCGGGACGAUAUAACUUCGUAUAAGAGUGGAAGAGGGAGUCUAGGGGACACAAUAUACAACUAUAUGUAUACCGCAGACAUGUUCUCGCCUGAUCGUCUUCUUGACGGUCUGAAAAUAAGCUCUGAACAUGAAGCACUUGAUCUGGCAGACAGGGUUGAAUCGUCAAUGUAUACAUGGAGACGUAAAGCUUGUCUUAGCCAUUCAAAGUCGUCAUGGAAAGAAGUAAAAGAUCUCAUGGAUGAAACAGAUUUGGAAGAUAAAAACUUUAGUUUAGCUGAUAGAGCUGAAGCUUUGUUGUUUUGCCUCAAGCAAAGAUAUCCUGAACUUUCACAAACUUCUUUGGAUACAUGCAAGAUCCAAUACAAUCGGGAUGUGGGAAAAGCGAUACUAGAAAGCUAUUCAAGAGUUUUAGAAGGCCUCGCAUUCAACAUUGUUGCAUGGAUUGAAGAUGUUCUUUACGUAGAUAAGACUAUGACGAAUCGAGAAGUCUAG